GAGUUUUGAACAUACGCAUUCCAGAUACUCGCACCUGCACAGCAAAACUGUUGCACAAAGUUUGUGGCAAGUGCAUCUGAAGUUAAAUUGAAAGUGACAAAAAGAAAUUCUCAAUUUAUUUUGACAGUUAAAAUUGUGCUUACUUUGGCAUAAAAGAUUUUUCAAAAUGUGCUACGUUAAAUUUAGUUGGACUAUCCUGGUAUUUCUGGUGCUCUUCACGCUAGUUACAGGCUCCUGCCUGGAAUUUGGACACUCGUGCUGGGGUGCACAUGGCAAGCGGUCGGGCAACAGGGUGGCACUUGCGGCCAAGCAGCCUUCACUUCUUGUCGACAAGCUAGCCGAGCAGCUCUACAACAACAACAACAACAACAAUGAGAAUUCCAUUGACGACGAUGGCAACAACAACAACAACAACAACAACAACAAUGCCAAAAACUACAACUUGCCACUUACCGCGUCCGCCCUGGCGCCGCCAAGUGGCGAGACGUCGGCAGCGGAGCGCACUCGAGAUGUGAACGAUGCGAAAUGGAGGCAGCUGCUCCGGCAGCAUCGCUACCAGCUGAGGCAAAUGCAGCGGCAGUUCGAUGCAAGCGAUGCGGCCGAGGGCUGGCGCAAGUUGCAGCAGGCGUUGGUCGAGGCGGAGCAGCGGCAGCAGCAGCUGCCAAUGGGCGACUUCUUUGAGCUGAAAAAGUGAACUUUGACCCGCGAAUAAGUGACAUUACAUUUACACAUAAUCACACGCAUAAACCAACAAACUAAAUGAAAUGAUGCAAUUUAAGCAAAAACAA